AUAAUAAUAAACGGACCAAUUUCAAUAGGGUCCUCGCACCGUUAGUGCUCGGUCCCUAAUGAAACUGGGCCAUCCUGUCAUCAGACGAUCUUUGUUUCGCAGUAGCAGCUGGUGGGCGCAUGCGCAGCCGCAGCCUCCGCUCCCCCUGCGCUGAGCGCUGACAGCAGGCUGACCGGAGAGCGGAGACACCGGAGAGACCGGAGACUGACGCUGCUGCUGCCGCUGCUGCUGCUGCUGCUUCCACUCCACGCUGAGUCCGGAUACAAAGUGACACCAGUGAACGGGACUUAAUUUCUGUCACGGGAAACAAAAACAACAGCUGCUAAGAAGUGUUAGUGUGGACCGCGCCGCGCCGCCUCCUCCUCCCGCUCCUCCCGCUCCUCCUCCCGGCGGUGAACGGACGGACGCUCGGUGAAGUGAGACUCUGACUGAGAGAUACUGGCUGCAUGAAGAGGCUGAGUGACAGGACCCUGGUCCUCACCUAGACCCUCCCACGACCCACCACCGCCCGGACAUGAGGUCGUUCAGAUCGUUCGCAAACGACGACCGCCACGUCAUGGCCAAGCACGCCAGCAUAUACCCGACGCCGGAGGAGCUGGAGGCCGUGCAGACGCUGGUGUCCACCGUGGAGGGAGCGCUCAAGAAGGUCUCUGAUUGGAUGGAUGGCCUCAACAAACCCUCAGGGAAGACCUCCGCAGAUAGCGAAGCCGGGGACAGUAAGGUGGAGGAGGACGCUGCUGAGACAAAGCCGUGUGACGGGACGUCGGUGCUGUGCGGGGUGACGCGUGUGGGCCUGGUGGCCAAAGGCCUGCUGAUCAAAGGGGACAUGGACCUGGAGCUGGUGCUCAUGUGCAGAGAGAAACCCACCAAGCUGCUGCUGUACACAAUCAGCGCCAACCUGCCGCUGCAGAUCCAGACAAUGACGGAGGACAAAUACGAGGUGCAGUCGUGCGUGCCCGAGGCAGCCAUCCGGGUCUGCAGCACUAAAGAGCCCCGACUCACGCUGAAGAUCACCCUGUCCUCCUUAACCAUGAGGGAGGAACUCAGCAGCACCACAGAAGAAGAAGAGGACGACAGCAAGCAGGGGCAGGAGGAGGACGAGGACAAGGAGGAGGUCCUGGACGGGCAGAAGUGCCGGGGGGCGCUGGCUUCGCUCCGACACGCCAAAUGGUUCCAGGCCAGAGUGACAGAUCUGAAGUCGUGCGUGGUGGUCCUGAGGAUCUUCAGGGAGCUGUGCAGCAGGCUGGCGGGGUGGCAGCCCCUCAGAGGAUGGCCUCUGGAGCUCCUCUGUGAGAAGGCCAUUGCCACCUGUAACCGUCCGCUGGGCCCCGGCGAGGCGCUGCGCCGCGUCAUGGAGUGCAUCGCCUCGGGGAUCCUGCUGCCAGGAGGUCCAGGAGUUCAUGACCCCUGUGAGAGGGAGCCCACAGACGUCCUGCGUGGCCUCAGCGCCCAGCAGGCCGACGCCCUCACACACAGCGCUCAGCAUGCGUUACGCCUCCUAGCCUUCGGACAGCUUUACAAGGUCUUGAAUAUGGAUCCUCUCCCUGCCAGCAAGCCCUCAGCCAGGCUGUUAGAAGGCGGCUGUCAGAAGAGGCUUCGGGAGGAUGUCGGGUCAGAUGACAGAGACUUCAUCAAAAGGAUGAAAGUUCUGGACUGGAGGAUGACGGAUCCCAACCACCCCAUGAACGCCCUGAUGCGCCUGAACCAGAUCCACCCAGGCCUCCAGUACCGCCUGCUGUCCCAGUCCGGCCCGGUGCACGCUCCGGUCUUCACCAUGUCCGUGGAGAUCCAGGGAACAACCUACCAGGCCACCGGGAACUCCAAGAGGACCGCCAAGCUCCAGGUCGCCCUCAAGGCGCUGCAGGCUCUGGGUUUUGUUCUCGGCGGGGACGGGGACAUGGACUCGCUGAGCGCCGACGAAAAGUCAGAUGGCGAAGGAAAGAAUGACAGAAUGUCCACCAGCUCCAGCUCCACCUCCAUCACCUCCUCCACAGACACACAGGAGUCCAGAGCUCCGGGUCCCAUCCUGACGGCGGGGGGCAAGAACCCAGUGAUGGAGCUGAAUGAGAAACGCCGCGGCCUCAAAUACGAGCUGAUAUCAGAGAGCGGCAGCAGCUACGACAAACGCUUCAUCAUCGAGGUGGAGGUGGACAAGCAGGUCUUUCGGGGGACGGGUCCCAAUAAGAAAGUAGCCAAAGCCAGCGCAGCACUCGCCGCCCUCAACAGCCUGUUCUCUGGCUCCAAAUCUACAAGCACCAAGAAGAAAAGACCCAACCCCCCUCCAAAGCGACCCAUCACCUCGGUAUUGACCCUCCCGGCCCUCGCUGCCAGACCUCCACGUGUCCCCGUCAUCCCCAGAGCGCCCUACAUCAGCACCCCACCCACACACGGAUACAUCCCCCCAGGUUUCGGAGCUCCUUACGGUUACAGCCCUGCAGGCGCCCUCCCUCCCUACGGCGGCCUGUACAUUGACAGUGCCUACUACCAGCCGCAGACCAUCGCCACGCCCAUCAUCAUCCACCUGGGCCCUCAGGAUCUUUUCUGACCCCACGCUGGACUUGGCGGCGGCGGUCUUGACCUCCCGUUGAACCCCU